AUGGUCCGCAGAUGGUCAUGGCUCCCCUUCUGCUCUCUCUUUCUCGCCCUGGCCGCCGCGGUCGCGUUCGAGGUCCCCAUUUCCGACACAGACUAUGACCGCCAGAUAUGCUCCGGCAUGUGGGGCGGAAAGAAUGCAUAUAUAAACGUGACCUUUGACUCCGGGUCGUUGGGCCAGCUGGCCAUGGUGAUAUACGAAUGGAGUGACGUGAAGUACUUGGGGAAGGAUGCGACCACGGGCAGACCUGAGAAGUACUAUGUUUGCACCUCGGACGCUCUGAGGGGCGGCUACUGUGAGAGCUCGCAGCUCGGCCGCUUCAUUGUGGACCUUCCGAGCGGCCAGUCCGUGAACAGCACCAGCAUUUGGUCCGCGAGGGUCGCAUUACCCACCGGAAGCGACUCCGCUACGGAAGGCUCCUUCGACGUCGCCGUCAGCGGUCUAUGGGACAACCCCGAUGGCAACCCGACUCCUCCUGAUUUAGGCCCUGAGUACGAAACCAAUUGGCGCAGGGAUAGUGCACUAGCAGUUCGCCAAGCAGUCAACCCCAGCCCUACCAGCAUCCUGCGGUACCAGAGCGCUAUCCAGUACAACGUACGAAAGACCGGGUACUAUUGCGUCGCAAUUGUGCCCAUUACCGUCUUGCCUGCGACCUCAGCGCGACAGGAUGUGUCCGCCAACCCACAUCCCUCAUACUCUGGCUCCGUAUUCUUCCGGAACACCUUUGACGGUAAGCUGCCUGCAUCGGACUACCCCAAAGUCAACUUCUACUUCUCCAUGUUCCUCGUGUACUCUGCACUCGCCAUUGUAUGGGGAUGGCUUUGCUACCAGAACGUGCAAGACCUCCUUCCGAUCCAGUACUACGUAUCUGGUCUUCUCGGUUUCCUGAUCAUCGAAAUGCUCGCCAACUGGGCAUACUACCGUUACCUCAACGCACACGGUGAGGGCACGCCUUCAACGGUGUUCCUCAUUGUAGUCGCCAUUCUCGACGCCGGCCGGAACGCACUGUCGUUCUUCCUGCUUUUGGUUGUCUCUCUUGGUCUCAGCGUGGUCAAGGAAUCUCUCGGAAGAACUAUGCUCAAGUGCCAGCUGCUCGCUGGCGCACACUUUGUCUUUGGAGUCCUCUACGCUGUUGGCAUCGUUGAGCUCGAGCUCGAAUCGGCAUCCGCAUUCAUUCUUCUCCUAUUCGUCAUUCCUUUGGCUUUCACUCUCAGUGGUUUCCUGCUCUGGAUUAUCUAUUCGCUCAAUGCAACGAUCGCGCAGCUUGCCGCUAGGAAGCAGCGCUAUAAGCUGUCAAUGUUCAACUGGCUCCAUCGCAUUCUCUUGAUGACCGUUGUUGUCAUCGCCAUCUUCUUCGUCGUUUCUUCGUUCACGUUCUCCGGCCGCCUUGCGGAAGACUACGGCGCAAAGUCGUGGAAACUCCAAUGGUGGCUGCUGGACGGCUGGCUCGCACUCCUGUACCUCGUCGACUUCAUGGCCAUCUCCUGGCUAUGGCGCCCAUCUCCGAACAACAGAAGAUAUAUCGCGCAGGACGAGGAAGACGCCGAGGACUACGACCUCGAGUCCCUCGAGCACCGCACAGACGCACGCGGCCUGCACGAGACCGACGACGACGCCGCGACGCUCGUGGGCCGGCCCGUCGGCGACGACGCGGUCGUGUUCGAGAUCGGCGACGAGGACGGGGCGGGUAGCGACGACGAGGACGCGCCGAAAAAGCGCCGCGGCGAGCGCGAGCGGCUCGAUGGUGCAGAGCACGAGCGCGAGGGCUUGAUGAAGGACGAUUAG